CCCCUUUUUGGAUUAUAAAUUGAGCAUGGAUGCGUUAACUGAGCUCUCUCCAAACUCAGAAGGACGCUGAAGCUGAAUAAACAUGGCACCAGCUGGAGCAAAGAGGGGUAUUCUGGAGCGUCUGGAUGCGGGAGAGGUCGUCAUCGGGGACGGAGGCUUCGUCUUCGCCCUGGAGAAGAGGGGCUACGUGAAGGCAGGGCCGUGGACACCUGAGGCUGCAGCCGAGAACCCCGAGGCGGUGCGCCAGCUGCACAGGGAGUUCCUGAGGGCAGGCUCCACUGUCAUGCAGACAUUCACCUUCUAUGCAAGUGAUGACAAACUGGUGAACAGAGGCCACACUCAGCGCUUCACUGGGCAGCAAAUAAACGAAGCAGCAUGUGACCUGGCCAGAGAGGUGGCCAAUGAGGGGGAUGCUCUGGUGGCAGGAGGCAUCUCUCAGACUCCCGCUUACCUCAGCUGCAAGAAUGAGAUUGAAGUCAAGGCCAUCUUCAAGAAGCAGACCGACGUGUUUGUCCAGAAAAAUGUGGACUUCUUGAUCGCAGAGUACUUUGAGCAUGUGGAAGAGGCUGAGUGGGCAGUCCAGGUGUUGAGGGCCACCGGCAAGCCAGUGGCCGCAACUCUCUGCAUUGGACCCGAUGGAGACAUGAAUGGAGUCAGCCCUGGAGACUGUGCCGUCAAACUUGUCAAAGCUGGAGCUCACAUUGUGGGCAUCAACUGCCACUUUGACCCGGAGACCUGCGUGAAGACUGUGAAGAUGAUGAAGGCCGGAGUGGAGAAGGCCGGCCUGAAGGCUCACUACAUGAGCCAGCCGCUGGCCUUCCACACGCCUGACUGCAAGCGCCAGGGUUUCAUUGAUCUGCCCGAGUUCCCCUUCAGUCUGGAGCCGAGGAUCCUGACCAGAUGGGACAUGCAGAAAUACGCCCGGGAAGCGUACACUGCCGGCAUCCGCUAUAUCGGAGGCUGCUGCGGAUUUGAACCCUAUCACGUCCGUGCCUUGGCCGAGGAGCUGGCACCUGAGAGGGGUUUCCUGCCCGCUGCGUCCGAGAAGCACGGCCUCUGGGGAAGUGGCCUGGAAAUGCACACAAAGCCCUGGGUUCGAGCGAGGGCUCGUCAGGACUACUGGGUGAAGCAGACCCCCGCGUCCGGCCGCCCCUACUGCCCGUCCAUGUCCACACCGGACGGCUGGGGCGUCACCAAGGGCCACGCUGAGCUGAUGCAGCAGAAGGAGGCCACCUCCAAGGAGCAGCUGAAGGUUCUCUUUGACAAGGCCAACAAAUGCCACUGA